AGAGCCUACUUCCUCAUCUGCGCAAUAUUAAGUCUUCCAUACUCCAAUUAUAUCGCCGAAGAUUCAGUACUCUCUAUGAAAGCAUCCCUAACCCCAAAGAAAUAGACGUCUACGAAUCAUUUUCCGAUCAGAUCUUCCUCGGGAUCGCCGUAAAGUCGAGAAAGAAAUCACAACUUUCCACUCGCAACAAUCCAGCAAAUCCUCCGUUUCUUUCGUCCAUGUAAAAUCUAUCGGCUUCCCUAAAAAUUUCACGUUCUUUUGGCGUUCUUGCAUACCUGUCCCUUGAUUCACCGACUUCAUGGGGUUAUCGUUUGAUCCAAUAGCCGAUACCAUCCUCCGAGGAUUUUAUUCAUCUGAUUAAGACUGGAAAUUAAUUGAGUUUAGGGUUUCUAUAGUUGUGUUCUCUUGUGUUGUUUUUUGUCCUAAGAUAAAAGGAAGAUGAGUGUGGCGAAGUCUCAGGUGUGGCAACCUUGCAAGAAGAAGAGAUCUUGAGAGAGAAGAUUAAGAAGAAAGGGAAGUUUCCGGGGCAAGAAAGUGCGGGAAAAUCAUGGCGUCACGGUCAAGUACUAGCAGGACACGUGUGGGGAAGUAUGAAUUGGGUCGAACCCUAGGGGAAGGGACGUUUGCAAAGGUCAAGUUUGCGAGGAAUGUGGAGACUGGGGAGAAUGUUGCUAUUAAGAUUCUCGACAAAGAAAAGGUUCUUAAGCAUAAGAUGAUCGGUCAGAUUAAAAGGGAAAUUUCAACCAUGAAACUGAUCAGACAUCCAAAUGUCAUUCGAAUGCAUGAGGUGAUGGCUAGCAAGACAAAGAUAUACAUUGUUUUGGAAUUUGUGACUGGUGGUGAACUUUUUGACAAAAUUGCUAGUAAAGGAAGGUUGAAAGAAGAUGAAGCAAGAAAGUAUUUCCAACAGCUAAUUAACGCUGUGGAUUACUGCCAUAGUAGAUGUGUUUUCCAUAGAGACCUAAAGCCGGAGAAUCUAUUGCUUGAUGCUAAUGGAGUUCUUAAAGUUUCAGAUUUUGGAUUGAGUGCACUACCUCAACAAGUUCGAGAAGAUGGGUUACUUCACACAACAUGUGGAACUCCAAACUAUGUUGCUCCAGAGGUGAUCAAUAACAAAGGCUAUGAUGGAGCUAAGGCAGACCUAUGGUCAUGUGGGGUAAUCUUAUUUGUUCUUAUGGCUGGCUAUUUGCCUUUUGAAGAAUCGAACCUCAUGGCUUUGUAUAAAAAGAUAUUCAAGGCCGACUUUACGUUUCCUCCCUGGUUAUCCUCAAGUGCAAAGAAGCUAAUUAAAAGAAUCUUGGACCCUAACCCGGAGACGAGGAUUACAAUUGCUGAAGUCAUUGAGAAUGAGUGGUUUAAGAAGGGAUAUAAGCCACCUAGUUUCGAACAAGCAGAUGUUAGUCUUGAUGAUGUGGACGCCAUCUUUGAUGAAUCAGGGGACUCUCAAAACCUUGUUGUGGAGAGGCGUGAAGAGCGACCUACGACGCCUGUCACUUUGAAUGCUUUUGAACUCAUCUCUACAUCUCAGGGUCUCAACCUCGGUACUCUCUUUGAAAAGCCAAUGGGCCUUGUUAAACGGGAGACAAGAUUCACAUCAAAGCGUCCUGCCAAUGAGAUUAUCUCAAAAAUUGAGGAAACUGCUAUGCCUUUGGGGUUUGAUGUAAAGAAAAAUAACUUCAAGAUGAAACUUCAAGGGGAGAAAACUGGACGCAAGGGUCAUUUAUCCAUUGCAACAGAGAUAUUUGAGGUGGCCCCUUCGCUAUACAUGGUUGAGCUUCGAAAAUCUGGGGGAGAUACUUUGGAAUUUCACAAGUUCUACAAGAACCUCUCAACUGGGUUGAAAGAUAUUGUUUGGAAAUCAGGAGAUGAAUCAAAGGAGGAAGUGAAUAAUGGGUCUGGUGUGGCAUCAACUUGAUGACCGGGUUCCUCUUGUAGUUGGUAUAAUGAAGUUUAGACUAUAUGACAUUUACCUCAAAGUAUGCUAUAUGAGACUUGAAAGAUUAUAUCAAAAAUGUUUUGAAAGACAUAAUGUGAUUGUAUCAAGAAUUGUUUUGAAAGGUACAAAGUGAUUGUAUCAAAAAUGUUUUGAAAGAUAUAAUGUGGAUAUUUGAUCUCUAGAUACAAGAUGUUUUGGCA